UUAUGCCUUUAUCUUGACCCUUGGCUUGCCUUAUAAUAUUCUUUGUUGGAGUCUUGGGUGAACAUGGUGAUUUUGAAAUAGGGGCCAAAUCCAGUAUAACUAUCUUUUAUUUUUUUGUUUUCAUGAAUCCAUUAUUCUUACUGGGGUUAACAGCUCAUUUGCUAUUUCGGCAGUGAUUUUACUGGCAAGUCUUGGGUUAAUGAAGUGCUAAUUGGUAUUUCUGCAGUGGGUCUGGGUUUUUUAAUGAUGUUUAUGUUAAGGUUUAUUUUGCAGGUGCUGGAUUAACGGAUGAAAACUUGUAUUGGAAAAAACACUUUUUUAAUGUUACUGGCUCUUUAAAUCUGGGGAUAGGGUUGCCACCUGUCUAGUUUUGAACCAGACGGCGCAGUUUUUACAUGGCUGCCCGGUUUUUAGACGUCUGAAAACCAGGCACGAUUGUCAGCAGAUUGACGAGAAAUACAGCCAAUCACAGAGUUAUGAAUAAAGGGAUAUUCCUUGCUUUUCAUUGGCGGCAGGGGACUGAAAGGGAAUGGCUGUCUCCAUUUGAACAUCUGCUGCCCUGAUGGAGGGGAGAGUGGAGCUGAAGGAGUGAGUAGAAGAGCUUGAGCACAAGUGCAUCCAAGGAGAGACAGGCCGUGCUGGUUGAAGAUGGGACACAUGAAGGUGCCACGUUCUUUGCCUUAGCGAGACCAAAAGGAUAACACUACUGCUACUGCUCUGAAAUAAAAAGAAAAAAAAUCUUGUUUAAGUAAGCUUCCUUGGCGUUUCAGAGAGCAGAGGGGAUGUCCAUCAUUCAGGCCCUUGCCAUGACGGUAGCAGAGAUACCAGUUUUUUUGGACACAACCUUUGGACAGUCCACAUUCUUGCAACUCAGGCUGUCUCCUGGUCUUCGAAAGGUCCUUUUUGCCUCAGCUCUUGGUACGGUCGCCCUAGCCCUGGCUGCACACCAGCUAAAACGGCACAAGCACAAGAAGAAGCAGAUUACAGCAGGCAAUGGAGGCCUAAAGCUCGGCGGGGUGCCUGGCUCUGUUUUGCCCGUUAGGCGUUCUUCCUCAGCUAAAAAAGUCCACAUUCUUGCAACUCAGGCUGUCUCCUGGUCUUCGAAAGGUCCUUUUUGGCACGGCUCUUGGUACGGUCGCCCUAGCCCUGGCUGCACACCAGCUAAAACGGCACAAGCACAAGAAGAAGCAGAUUACAGCAGGCAAUGGAGGCCUAAAGCUCGGCGGGGUGCCUGGCUCUGUUUUGCCCGUUAGGCGUUCUUCCUCAGCUAAAAAA